UUGCGAGAGCCAGACCGACCCAGGCACCCAGCGCAAGCGAGAGCUCCCAAAUUUCGAUCAGACGCCGGCGGCCGCACAGCAUGAGCGAAAAUCAGGGAAGAAAGAAAGAUAUGAAGAGGAAAAGAGCCGGAAUUCAGAAAUUUUUCAAGCCAAUUGAUUCGGUGUCACAGCCAGAGCCAGAUGAACAAGUAGACGAUGUGCAAGCAGGCGAAGAAAACAAUCCUAACUCGGCUAGAGGUGAUGCUGAAAUCGACCAAGGUAUUCCCGAGCCAGAACAAGCGACGAUUAUAACCACAGAUUAUAAUCGAGAUCCAGGUAGACGUCUUCCAAUCUGGGAACUCACUCCUGACAAGCAAGAUGAUGCUAGGCGUUUUUAUAUAUCCGAGGGCCCCUAUCAACCAAUUUUGGAUGAGUAUGAAUUUACUGGAACCGGUAGUAGCUGUCGUCGAUUCCAAAGUGCUUGGUUCACAAAAUUUUCCUGGUUGGAAUAUUCACCUUAUACAAAUCGUGCCUAUUGCUUGCCUUGUUUUCUCUUUUCAAAGAAGCCAAUUGGUAAGUGUGGUUCAGACACAUUUUCAAUCAAAGGAUUUGAUAAGUGGAAGAAGGUCAACAAUGGAAAAGAAUGUGCUUUCCUCACACAUAUGGGAACUAGUCCCAGUUCAGCCCAUAAUUUUGCAGUUCGAUGUUAUGAAAGCCUGAAAAAUAAUAUGACUCAUAUUGAUAAGGUGAUUAUAAAACAAUGCAAGAAACGGGUUGCUGAUGCAAGACUAAGGCUUACAGCUUCCAUCGAUGUUAUUAAGUUGUUAAUGCGCCAGGCAUGUCCCUUUAGAGGAAAUGAUGAAUCUGAAGAUUCCAAAAAUCAAGGCAAUUUCAAGGAAAUCCUCAAGCUUGUGGGCUGUUAUAAUAAGGAUGUACGGGAAGUUAUGCAAAAUGCUCCAAGAAAUGCUAAGUACACAUCACCAACUAUUCAGAAGGAAAUUGCUGGCAUAUUUGCUCGGAAAGUGCAAAAUUCAAUCACAAAAGAGAUUGGUAAUGGCAAGUUUACUAUCAUGGUUGAUGAAUCUCGAGAUGAGUCUAAGAAAGAACAGAUGGCAGUUGUUCUUCGAUUUGUGGACAUAGAUGGAGAGAUAAGGGAGCAUUUCAUUGAUCUUAUUCAUGUUAGUGACACUUGUGCUUUGACUCUCAAGAAUUCAAUUAUUGCUGUGCUAGUUGAUAAUGGAUUGAGUGUCAAAGAUAUCAGAGGGCAAGGCUAUGAUGGAGCAAGUAACGUGAGAGGAGAGUGGAAUGGGCUUAAGGCUCUAAUUCUCCAAGAAUUCCCUUAUGCGUACUAUAUACACUGCCUUGCUCAUCAACUUCAAUUGGCUCUUGUUGCCGCUUCAAGGGAGGUACCAAAGGUCCACAACUUCUUCCAAAAUGCAAAUUUUAUCGUUAAUACUGUUAGUGCAUCUCCCAAACGCAAUGAUGAGCUACUAGAUAAUCAGGCUAUUGAAAUUGCAAAAGAGAUAGAACUCGGAGAGCUUGAUACAGGAAGAGGGCUAAAUCAAAUAGGAUCUUUACAAAGGGCCGGAGACACAAGAUGGAGUUCCCACUACAAAUCGGUAAAAAGCUUGUUAAGAUUGUUUGGUGCAUCUGUUUUGGUGCUAAGAGGUGUAGCAAAUGACCGCUCAGUUCCGUGGAAUUCAAGAGGAGAUGCUGAGGGUGCCCUUAAUUUCCUAAUAACAUUUGAUUUUGUCUUCAUUCUACACCUCAUGGAGAAAAUUAUGAAGAUCACUGAUGUCUUGUGUGUCAAACUCCAAAAUAAAACUCUGGAUAUUGCAAAUGCACUGGAUAUUGUUUCUAAUACCAAGAUAUUACUUGCUGAAUUGAGAGAAGGUGGAUGGGAAAGUCUUAUAGAAGAGGUGAAAAACUUUUGUUUGAAGCAUGAGGUUAACAUCCCAGAUAUGAAUCAAAAGUACGUUGAUGUGAAGAAAUCUCGAAAUAAGCAUGACAACACCACCGUAUUCCAUCACUACAAAGUAGAUGUAUUCAAUGCUGCAAUAGAUCAACAAGUGACAGAGUUGAAUCAUCGAUUCAGUUCUCAAGUAACCGAGCUACUUGAUCUUUGUACAUCCUUGGAUCCGAGGCAUGAUAAUUUUAAUAAGUCCAAGAUAUGCAGACUAGUGGAAAAAUUCUAUCCUGCUGAUUUUUCUAGUCAAGAGAGAGACAGGUUGGAGUGCGAGCUUCCACAUUUUCAACUUGAUACAUCCAACCAUCCAGAGAUCAGAAAUUGCAACUCACUUGCUGAUUUGACAAAGGCAAUAAUUAAGACCGGUAAGUCAUCUGAUUAUCCAAUGGUUGAGAGGUUGUUACGCUUAGUGAUCACUCUUCCGGUGUCAACUGCAACAGCAGAGCGAGCCUUUUCUGCUAUGAAACUGGUCAAGACCGGUCUUCGCACUAAGUUGGGAGAUGACUUUCUCCGCUAUUGUGUGAUAGUCUACAUAGAGAGGGAAAUAGCAGAAAAGUUUAGUGUUGAAGAAAUUAUUGAGACAUUUGAUCUUCGUGCUCAUAAAGCCGAGUUCAAAUUGAUAGAUAUGUAA